UACACUGGAAGCAAGCAGGAGGAUAAGACAGGCUGCGAGCAUAGGGUUAUGUUUACAGGCUCUGGUGCUCAAGUUGCUGCAGUGAGUGGUGGGCAUGUUGCUUCUUCCAUGCUGUGGGGGACUCCAUAGUUGGCCUGGACCAUGAGCUAUGAGUCUACCGUCUGGAACAUCCUACCAGAAAACUCUACUGAGGUACCGCUCGAGGCGGAGGAGCAGCAAGAUGGCUACGUGCUUCUUCUGGUGAUCCUGUCCAUUUUCCUGGUAGGGACGUUGAUCUUCGCCUCCAUCCUCCUCAUCACCUGCCGCCGCUGCUGCCGUGGAGGAGAUCAAUGCUGCAACAGCGGCAGCGAUGAUGCAGAGAAAACCACCGCUACAUACACGGAGGAGUCUCAGCCCACCCAUGAAAUCACCAUCAGGGUGGAUGAGUCUGAGUGCCUGUCAAUGGCCAGCUCCCACGACCAGGAGACAGAGCGAUUCCUCUCCACGGGAACCACGGGCCGUCGAGUUUCCUUCAACGAGGCGGCGCUCUUCGAUCACGGCAAGAAGGCCCAGGAGAAGGGUCGCAGAUACACUUUGACCGAGGGCGACUUUCACCACCUAAAGAACGCCCGGCUCACGCACCUUCACAUUCCGCCGCCAGCGCUCAAGAUAGUCACCAUCCAUGAAUGUGACUCGGCGGAGAAUACCAUCACCAUGACAACGCGCCCUGUCGCCAAGUCGGCGCUCUCCAUCUUCCAGCCAAUGCUGUGUCCCCUACCGCAAACUGCACUGACCAGCUUGAGCCCCAGUGCCAGCUGUGCUCUCCCCGGAGACACCCUCAACUCAACUGUUGUGGACACCAGCUUUCAUGCAAAUACUGCUGCUAGGACAAAUGGAGGCUCUCUGGAGAUGAUCGCAGCAGGGCCCCGGGGCCGAGGCUGCAGCGUUAGCACAGGAGGAGGGACCACUCCCACCAGCACUGUCCCGCCUGCGAACAGUGAUGCAGGUGGCCAAGGUCCAGUACAGCAGUUCUUCACCAAACUGCGGCGCCACACAAGCCUGGAGGGGGCCAGUCCCUAUUUCAAGAUCAAGAAAUGGAAGCUGGACAGCAGCCAGAGGGCUUCAAGUCUGGACAUGAGAGGCUCACCAAAGAGAAGGCAGUUCCAGCGUCAGCGGGCUGCCAGCGAGAGCAUGGACCAGGACGACAAUGACACGCACCACAUUGACCUCAUCCAGUACAUCGCCCGCACCCAAGACAUCACCUAUUGCCCACCUCCAUCUGCACCACCCCCUUCCCUCGGCAGGGUAGAGGUAGAGGUGAUGGUCGAGCCCACCUGCAGCCAAACUGGACCAGGGGUGAUUGGCCUGUCCCCUAAUCCCCAAGAUGAACAGCUUUCCCUGGGGACAAGGGAAAGCUCUGAGCCUCUUGCCCUCCAGGAUCCCCAGACACUUUACAGAGACAUUUGGACCUUACGUGCAUCACUGGAACAAUAUGCUGCCUCUGACCAAAGCAGCAAUAAUGAUAGGAACUCUGUCUGCAGCGAUGCUGACAGUGUGUGUACAGAAAAAGAAAGAGAAGAACUCACCAGCUGCUAUUCCCAGGAUUUAGGUGAUGAAACAGAAGGUGCAGAGGAUGACAAAGAGUUUAUGGUGUACAGGGAUAAGACAUUGGGUGCAGAAGGUGUAAGAAGUAGGAAACAACAAAGUACUGAAUCUGAGCGUGGCGGGAGCGAUGGGGAAACAUGUACUCGGAAAUUGCUGCAAAUGGAUAGUGGCUACGCAUCAAUAGAGGCCCCAUCUCGUGGUCCUGAAGAUUUGCGGAUGUUUGGAAGCAGCAGCCCGAAGGAGAGAACAGCCCAUGAGAAGAGGCACCACUUCACCAAGGCAGGGAGAUCUGGCACGAUCGGUGAGAGCUUUGAGUCUCACCUCUAUGAGGAGGAGCCAGACGAGCAAUUGCUCGGCGCCAGUGGAGGAGUUUACAUAGAAACUGGUGUCAGUCCACAGAGCCGGUUUCCAUACGGCCAGAUGAUCACCCCUCGGGAGGCUUCACAACCAUCCACUCAACCUCCAACCCUUCAUCAGAGAGACUACAGCAUCGAUGAGAAAACUGAUGCGCUGUUCCAUGAGUUUCUCCGACAUGACCCUCAGUUUGACCAGCAGGAGAUGCCGCUAAAGAAGCACCGGUCCCGAAUCCACCUUCGAAAGCAGUGGCAGCGGCACAAGCAGUGGAGCGACCCUGGUGUCAGACACUUCCAUUCCUCUUUUGAGAGACAACGAACUCCACUACGGAGGGGUGACAGUGUUAAUUGCCCUAUGGAGACAAGCUACCAUAGCAUGCUUCCCCGCAUUGUCAGCACACCUGACGAGGAGACCAGUGACUGUAGUACUCCAGAAAAUCCAAAGAUAGACACUACAACUAGCAAGGUUGCAGGGAAGGACAUAGAGCAAGGUUCCACCGAAGACCAGAUAUCAUCACCACAUCCUCAACCAUCCAUCUCUGAGAAAGAUGAAGGGAAGACUGAACAUCCAGAGCCUCAAGAGGACAGCAAACCACCCAGACACCCCCUAGAACAUUUAGAUGAGCGGUCGCCCCUUCAGCCACCCGACUCCUCAGGCUAUGGCCCACAAACCAUCACGGCAGAGCUCACGGACAAGCUGACCGCUAACCUAGACGAAAGGCUAUAUACAGGCCUUCGAAGGACCAAGGACACAGCGACCGAGUGUUUGACAGUGACGGCUACUCAUGCUUCUCCAGACCAUAGUCCAGUGUAGCUCCAUUUGUUUUUAUGGUUGACCCUAUAGCUGCUCAUACACAUCAACAAUAUUUAGCCUCAGUUCUGAUGAUUCACAAUUUAUUUUAAAUUAAAUCAACCAACCAAUCAGGCGGUACAGUUAAGUUUGGUUUGCGAAGGUACUUUUGGCAAUUGUCAACCCUUAUUUGGAUUGACAUGGUUCAAAUGCAACAGUGUUAACCACAAUUAGAAAGUCUGGUUCUUAUGUCAUAUCCAAACAAGAAAAUUUGUAUGCAUGACAGUUUUUUGAAUGGUACCUUUUUUUGUCUUCCGUUAUAACACAGAAGUGACAAGCAUCUGUGAACCAAUCAACUGACAGUGGUAUGUGUAGCUCCACCCUACCACUAUUGAACAAUGCCAUACUCACACUAAAACAUUUUUUUGUCCCCUUUACAACUUUUGAGAGAAGAUGUGUAAAAAUAAUAAUAAUUAACCAUGAUACCAAAAUUAAUCAAACUGUACCGCUUGGUUGUAGUUCAAGGGUCUUAUUUUUGUCAUUUUUCAGGUCACUGGUGAAAUAAUUUGGAGAGUCGAAGGUAAUGACUAAGUUGAACAUUAAUCUUUUAGUUUUUUUUCUAGUGUGAAAUGUUAUGUUAUAGACUGGUGUCGCUGGUCCGCUGUGUGGCAAGUCAAGUGGUACAAGUGUAGACUAAUCUACUGUCUAAAAAAAAAAAUACUAUUACAGAUUAAUUUAUUUUAUCAUUAUUUAUAUACAAUUUGUCGUUUUUAUGCCACAGAGGGAGUUGUUUCAAUCCUACUGUUAAAAAAAAUGUGUUGACUGUCUUAGACCCAAAUACAGAAGAUCUUUCAGGAUGCACCGAAACCUGCCAGGAGUUUCAGAUUAAGUUAGUUGUUAUGUCGCUGCUUUGCCUGAUCAUCUGUUGGGACUCUCACAUUCUUUGACUGGCUUUGUACUUAACUGUAUGUAAACAGACACGAGUCACAAGUAUCAGUUGCAUUAGACAACACUGACACUUUCUUUGGGGAGUUAGCUGCUAGUAUUUCUUCUAUUAGAGCUCACUGGAACAUUUUGCACCAUUUUCCAGACACGGUGUUGUUUCAGGUAGAAGAACAAUGUAGUUUGCAAACCUUCAUACACUUUCUCCCAGAAUCUGCUUCAAUGUUGUUAUUCAUGACUAGCUAAAUAUAUUUUUGUAUGUGCUUUGAGAGUGAACGCACUAGACAUGGCAAUCCAUCUCCAAACUACAAAGGACUGUGGACAACACUUAAGAUG